AUGAUCUCUAGACUGCAGCCUACUCUGGGGCGCUUACCCUCAAAAGGGUUAGCAUUCAGUCUCCACGCUCAGCGGUGCAAUCUUCAUGUGCGCGCUCAGAACCUAGAUCCAAUCAAAUUGAUGGGCGAACCCGAGUGUCCAAUUUCUGGAUUCCUACAGGGGGAAUAUCCAAAAAACCAAUUGAUGGUGAAAAGGGAUGCCAAUGAUUUGCUUGUACGCGGUGGCUUUCUUCGUCAGGCAUAUUCUGGGGUGUUUCAUUUGCUUCCACUCGGACUGCGCGUUCAGGAUAAGCUAGAACGACUAAUUGACAAGCACAUGCGCUCCCUGGGUGCUUCCAAAGUAUCUCUAUCGUCGCUAUCGUCGCAGGAACUUUGGGAACAGUCAGGUCGACUAAGUGAAGGCUCAGAAUUAUUUCGAUUCAAGGACAGGAAAGAAACUCCAUUCCUCCUCGCGCCGACUCACGAGGAAGAAAUCACCACUCUUGUUGGCAAUCUGACAACUUCUUACAAGAGCUUGCCUUUGCGAGUAUAUCAAAUCUCACGCAAAUACAGAGAUGAGGCCCGACCAAGGCAAGGCCUUCUUCGUGGGCGAGAAUUCAUCAUGAAAGACCUGUACACAUUUGACUACAGUGUGAGUGAGGCGCUCAAAACAUACAACGCAGUCAAAUUAGCCUACAAAAACCUAUUUGAUGAAUUGAAGAUCCCAUAUUUGGUCGCUGCUGCAGACUCGGGAAAUAUGGGCGGUUCAUUGAGUCAUGAGUAUCACUUCAUCAGUCCCAAGGGCGAGGAUGAGGUGGUUAGCUGCUCCCACUGUGACCAUGUCUAUAACGAAGAGCUGGCAGAUGGCAAGACGCAUGGCUCGGAUAACUCUGAAUUAUCUGGCACAUCUGGCUUUAACACAGACAAUGCACCUGUCGAAGGUGGGCCCACCAUUUCAACAGGCAUGUGGAUGGCUAUCUCUCACGAUGGCAACACCAUUGUGCGGGGCUGGUAUCCCAAAUUCUCAAUGCAGAAUGGCGCCCCAGAACCUGUUGAACGCCACGUCAAUUCACAUGCCGUCAAGGCCAUCGCAACCGCUGCUGGCAUUGACCUCGAUCUCAGCGUGGAGAAGCCGCUCCAAUUGUGGACAAAACAUGUCAAAGCAAACAAAUCCUCAGCGCAGAGGCCGCGUGUAUUGGACUUGUAUGACUCGCAAGUGCGAGUGUACCAGCGUCCACCACUCAGUGACCUCCUUGAAGAAGCGGGCUGCACGGCGUCAGACAUCGAAUACUCUAAACUGGACCACUUCCCCGGAACCUCGAACAAACUCAGUCUUGUUCGCGUGCACGAUGGUGAUCAGUGCUCGCAAUGCGCGCACGGUUCAUUGACUAGUCACUCGGCGGUCGAGUUGGGACACACUUUCUACCUCGGAACGCGGUACAGUGAGGUCUUGAAUGCUUCGGUGUCUGUCAAUUCAGCUCUUCUGGAGGAGUCCUCUGGACCUGACACUAAGCUAUCUACCAAGGAACAAAUUGUACCCAUGCAAAUGGGCUGUCAUGGAAUUGGAGUCUCACGUAUGAUCUCUGCAGUGGCGAACCGACUCGCCGAUUCCAAGGGACUCAACUGGCCACGUGCUGUGGCGCCUUACGAAGUGGUGGUGGUUUCAGGAAAGGGUCUCGAGACCGUUGCUGAUCAGGUCUACGACAAUCUGACCGGUGACGCUGCGGCCCUGGUUGACGUGAUUCUCGAUGACCGGGACAAGGGCAUGGGCUGGAAACUUGGCGAUGCGGAUCUGAUUGGUUACCCUGUGAUUGUGGUCGUUGGCAACGGGUGGAAGAAGAACCAGACGUUGGAGGUGCAAUGCCGCCGACUGGGCAUCAAGCAGGAUGUUUCGUUGGAUGAGCUGCGCACAACUAUUCAGUCCUUGCUGGCACAACUCUGA